AUGUCCAAGGGAGAAGAAGAGAAGAAGUUCCACCCAGAGGAGAUCUCCUCCAUGGUUCUCCUGAAGAUGAAGGAGACGGCGGAGGCCUACCUCGGCACGAAGCUCAACGAUGCUGUGGUUACGGUCCCGGCGUACUUCAACGACUCGCAGCGUCAGGCCACCAAGGAUGCGGGCACCAUCUCAGGAAUGAAUGUGCUUCGUAUCAUCAACGAGCCCACUGCAGCAGCCAUUGCAUAUGGCCUGGACAAGAAGGGCUCCGGCGAAAGGAACGUCCUCAUCUACGCCACUGCCGGCGACACCCACCUGGGCGGUGAGGACUUCGACAACCGCGUAGUGGACUUCUGCAUCCAGGACAUGGCUGGCAACCAGCGCGCUAUCCGACGUCUGCGGACGCAGUGCGAGCGGGCCAAGCGCACGCUGUCUUCCUCCACGCAGGCCACCAUCGAGAUCGACUCCCUCUUCGAAGGUAUCGACUACUCCUGCUCUUUGUCCCGUGCUCGUUUCGAGGAGUUGUGCAUGGACUACUUCCGCAACUCCAUGGGUCCGGUGGAGAAGUGCCUGAAGGAUUCUGGCAUCGACAAGAAGAGUGUGCACGAUGUGGUGCUGGUCGGUGGCUCCACGCGCAUCCCCAAGGUGCAGUCCAUGAUUCAAGAGUUCUUCAACGGCAAGGAGCCGAACAGGUCCAUUAACCCUGAUGAGGCCGUGGCCUACGGUGCCGCUGUGCAGGCUGCCAUUCUGACGGGCGAGGGUUCGUCCCAGGUGCAGGACCUUCUGCUUUUGGAUGUGACGCCUUUGUCCAUGGGUCUGGAGACCGCCGGCGGCGUCAUGACCAAGCUCAUCGAGCGAAACACAACAAUUCCAACGAAAAAGGUGACCUACGACAUCGAUGCCAACGGCAUUCUGAACGUCAGCGCCUCGGACAAGUCCACUGGCAAGUCCAAUCAGAUUACCAUCACCAACGAGAAGGGUCGCUUGUCGCAGUCCGAGAUCGACCGCAUGGUGCAGGAAGCAGACGAGUUCGAAGCCAAGCAGAAGGAGCUCGAGGGCAUCGUGAACCCCAUCAUGAUGAAGGUCUACCAGGCGGCUGGCGGUGGCGGCAUGCCCGAGGGUGGCAUGCCCGGUGGCGGCAUGGGUGGUGCCCCUGGCGGCGGCGCCAGCGGCCCGACCGUUGAGGAGGUUGACUAG